AACACGCUGAGCAGCGGAGAACGCUGUUGCUAGGUGACGUCAUCGCGCAGGUAGACGCAUGAACGCGACAGCCGGCGGAGUGGGAGAGGGAUCGUGGGAGAGCGCUGGAGCCGGUGUAAGAUAUACUUUUCUCCUACAAGAUGAGUAAUAGUCACCCUCUCCGUCCUUACACAGCAGUUGGGGAAAUUGACCAUGUUCACAUUCUGUCUGAUCAUGUUGGUGUUCUGAUGAAUGGCGAGGAGUACAGUGAUGUUACCUUCAUAGUCGAAAAGAAACGUUUUCCUGCUCACAGAGUGAUUCUGGCAGCGAGAUGUCAGUAUUUCAGAGCACUGCUGUAUGGUGGAAUGCGUGAAUCUCAGCCUGAAGCAGAAAUUCCUCUCCAAGACACUACUGCAGAAGCCUUUACAAUGUUAUUAAAAUAUAUUUACACGGGUCGUGCCACAUUAAGAGAUGAGAAGGAGGAAGUCCUCUUAGACUUCUUGAGUUUGGCUCAUAAAUAUGGAUUCCCAGAAUUAGAAGAUUCCACCUCUGAAUAUCUUUGCACUAUUCUUAACAUUCAGAAUGUUUGCAUGACCUAUGACGUUGCGAGUCUCUACUCACUUCCCAAACUGACCUGUAUGUGCUGCAUGUUUAUGGACAGAAAUGCUCAAGAAGUGCUCGCUAGUGAGGGCUUUCUAUCACUUUCUAAGGCAGCUCUUCUCAGUAUUGUACUGCGAGAUUCAUUUGCAGCUCCCGAAAAGGAUAUUUUCCAAGCCUUAGUGAACUGGUGUAAACACAACCCCAAGGAAAAUCAUGCUGAAAUAAUGCAGGCAGUACGCUUGCCAUUGAUGAGCUUGACAGAGCUUUUAAAUGUUGUAAGGCCUUCUGGAUUGCUCUCACCUGAUGCGAUUUUGGAUGCCAUUAAAGUUCGAUCAGAAAGUCGGGACAUGGACCUCAACUAUAGGGGCAUGUUAAUACCUGGUGAGAACAUUGCCACUAUGAAAUAUGGAGCCCAAGUGGUUAAAGGGGAAUUGAAAUCUGCUUUGUUAGAUGGAGACACACAAAACUAUGAUUUGGAUCAUGGGUUUUCCCGGCAUCCCAUUGAUGACGACUGCCGUUCUGGUAUUGAAAUUAAAUUAGGUCAACCAUCAAUAAUUAACCACAUACGAAUACUGCUUUGGGACCGUGAUAGCAGAUCUUACUCUUAUUAUAUUGAAGUGUCUAUGGAUGAGCUGGACUGGAUUCGUGUAAUUGAUCACUCCAAAUAUCUUUGUCGGUCAUGGCAAAAACUGUAUUUUCCAGCCCGGGUCUGCAGGUAUAUCAGAAUAGUUGGAACACAUAACACAGUGAACAAAGUUUUCCAUAUUGUGGCUUUUGAGUGCAUGUUUACCAACAAAACUUUUACUCUUGAGAAAGGUCUCAUAGUUCCCACUGAGAAUGUUGCAACAGUUGCAGACUGUGCCAGUGUGAUUGAGGGUGUAAGCCGAAGUCGCAAUGCCUUGUUGAAUGGCGACACAAAGAAUUAUGAUUGGGAUUCUGGGUAUACAUGCCAUCAGCUAGGCAGCGGUGCAAUCGUAGUACAGCUGGCACAACCUUACAUGAUUGGAUCAAUUCGGUUACUUCUCUGGGAUUGUGAUGACAGAAGUUACAGCUACUACAUUGAAGUUUCUACUAACCAGCAGCAGUGGACCAUGGUGGCAGACAGGACAAAGGUUUCCUGCAAAUCUUGGCAAGUUAUAAGUUUUGACAGACAACCAGCAUCUUUUAUCAGAAUCGUUGGAACUCACAACACAGCUAAUGAGGUGUUCCACUGUGUUCAUUUUGAGUGUCCAGCCCAAACUGCUGCCCACAAGGAAGAAGCUAGUGAAGAUGACGUGGGCACAGGUGGACAGCAGCUGGCAUCCCGUUCAUCUCGAGCAUCAAGCACCAGUUCUGUGCACUUCCUCCCAGGAACCAUCUCACACUCCUAGGCUUACCAACUAUAAAAGAGAGAAGAGCAUUUGCAACCCCAGUGCCAUGAUAAAACUGUUCACCACUUCACUGUUGGACACCUUAGGUCUCUGAGUGGACACAGGGGACUAUGCCUAGAAGCUGCAGAUAUUCAAAUGGAAAAGGCUUUUGAGAGACACAGUGGAGCUGCUCCAUUCUUUUGGUGUAGUUCAAAUCACGAUGUUCUUUUUUGGGGGGCGGGGGGGAUAGGCAUUCAGUUUUUCCCACUUUUCCUGUUUACACCCUACCUCUAUAAACCUAAUUAAGGCAGAGAGAAAAAAGUGAAGCCAAACUGUAAUACAAAUAUGCCAUAUGAACAGUAUCAGAAAAUUUGUUUAUAGAAGGCACUUGCUAGGCAAUAGAUCUUCACUCAGAGGGUGUAUGGAAAAUGUGUUGACAGACAUCUGGUUAUUUUAAUUAUUUAAUUUAUUUUUGAGCCACAUUUCUUUGUACAGUUUAAGCCAUUUUUAGUUUGUGUAUUCAGUUGCUUGCUCCCCUCCCCCAGUUUUUGUUUAAACAUUUCCUUGCUUAUCAUGCUACAUCAGGCAGAUCUGCUUGAUAAGAGGCAGGUAUACAAUAAUCAAUCCAAAGAUGCUGAACUGUAAUUCUGCUUUACAUGACUUACAGAAUGGUCAGUCGCUUUACUAAACUGAUUGCCAGGUUCUUAAACUAGGCAACAAAUGUUGGAAGUGAUUAAAUCAUGAUUUAAUUU